AUGGCUUCGGUUCUUCUUUUACCUUCAUCUUCUUCUUCAUGUUGUUGUUCAAGGAAAAUCAAUGCUGCUAUUUAUGUCCCAAAGCUUCCAAAACUAACACUCUCAGUUCCAAAAAUACCAAUGAGAAAUCUAGGUGAGGAACUGAAUAUAAGAGACGGGUUCAUAAGCACAAUCCCAGUAGAAAAGAUCAAUGAUAGAUCACACAACUCUGGUACAAAUAUUGUUACCACUCAACUCUAUGCUAUCUUAGAGGCUGUAGCUGAUAGAGUAGAGAUGCACGCCAACAUUGGAGAACAACGUGACAAUUGGAAUACCCAUCUUCUAAACUCCAUCAACAUGAUAACUCUCACUGCUGCAACAAUGGCUGGCGUUGCAGCCAUAGCUGGUGGCAUUGGAAUGCCACUUUUGGCAUUGAAAUUAUCGUCUACACUUUUGUAUUCGGCGGCCACCGGAAUGCUGCUAAUAAUGAACAAAAUUCAGCCUUCACAGCUUUCUGAAGAACAACGUAAUGCUACAAGAUUGUUCAAGCAGCUCCAGAGCCAAGUCCAAACCUUGCUCGCCAUUGGAACUCCAACUCAAGAAGAUGUGAAGGAGGUGAUGGAAAAGGUUUUGGCCCUUGAUAAAGCUUACCCGCUUCCCUUGCUUAGUGCAAUGCUUGAAAAAUUCCCUGCAAAGUUUGAGCCAGCUGUUUGGUGGCCUAAAAAUCAAGUACUACAGAAGAAAAACUUUUUACAUGAAGGAAAACAAUUUAACAAUGGAUGGAGUGAGGAACUCGAAAUGGAAAUGAGAGAGGUUGUUAAGGUGGUGGAGAGAAAAGACAUUGAGGACCAUGUAAGACUUGGCAACUUGGCAUUGAAGAUCAACAAGACUUUAGCUAUCUCAGGUCCAUUACUCACAGGCAUUGCAGCCUUGGGCUCCGCUUUUGUUGAUAAUGGAUCAUGGGCACCAAUAGUAGCAGUGGCUGCUGGGGCUUUAGCUAGCACAGUUAAUGCUUUUGAGCAUGGUGGACAAGUUGGGAUGGUGAUUGAGAUGUAUAGAAACUGUGGUGGAUUUUUCCAGCUAUUGAAAGAUUCAAUUGAAACCACACUUGAGGAAAGAGAUUUUGAGAAAAGAGAAAAUGGGGAAUUGUUUGAAAUGAAGGUGGCUUUGAAACUUGGGAGAAGCUUAUCACAACUCAGAGAACUUGCUAGAAAGUCAGCUUCUUCUCAUAUAGACGAAGUCGCAAGCAAACUUUUCUUGUUUUGGAUAUUUCGUGUAUAG